AUGAAAAGAAUCACUAUAUGGGUGAUCUUCUUUUCAGUCUUUCUUCUCCUUCACACAACAACUUGUGUGGAAGAUGAGGUUAAGAGCUCACUAAUCAACUUUCUUGCAAAACUCUCCAAUAACAAAGGCAAAUCCGGUUUGCUUUUGGGUUGGAACUCUUCCUCUGACCCCUGCAAGGAUCACUGGAAAGCUGUUACUUGUGACACAAGAAAUAAUUUUGUGAGAAAGUUGUUUCUUAAUAGCUCGAAUCUCGUCGGAGAGCUUGAUAUCGGUUUGCUUUGCAAUGUGGAGCGUAUUGCAGAGUCUCUAACUGUUCUUCAUCUUGAGAGUAAUGACAUUAGUGGAGUGCUUUCGCCCGAUGUUGCGUCUUGCAAACAACUCACUCGCUUGCAUUUGAAUGGAAACCGGCUUAAUGGGACCCUUCCAACCUCUCUUGCCAUGUUGAACAACCUGAAAAUACUUGAUGUUUCAAAUAACAAGUUAUACGGUACAUUGCCAGACUUGUCUAGGAUUUCAGGCCUGACAGUUUUCCUCGCUCAAAACAAUGAAAUCAGCGGGGAGAUACCGCGAUUUGACUUCUCAAACUUGAAGCAAUUCAAUGUCUCCAACAACAACAUCAAUGGUGUCGUACCUGAUGUCCGCGGAUAUUUCACUGCAAGUAGCUUUCUUGGUAAUCCUGGAUUGUGUGGGGAUCCCUUGCCAAACAAGUGUCCAUCAUCUCUGCAAGCAGAGAGCGUCGCUGGCGAGUCAAAGGAUUCCUCAAAAGAUCAGAUUUUUAUGUUUGUAGGAUAUCUGACGCUAGCCUUGGUUUUUGUUGUGAUUAUCAUUGUCGUGUUAUGUAAAAGAAGAAGGAAAAAGAAGGUUGUGGAUGCAUUGCCACAAAAAGAAGAAGCAAUCGAGGAUGGUCAAGAUGAAAGAAUGUACAAGUCUAGUACUAUUGAAUCAAUGGGGUACAAAGCAGGUUUUAGCAAAUCAGAAACAUCAUUUGUCUCAGCUGAUAACAGUGCUUUGGUGUCAUCCUCACUGGUGGUCCUCACUAGUCCUGAGGUGAAUGGGUUGAAAUUCGAGGACUUGCUCAAGGCCCCAGCUGAGAUGCUCGGUCGGGGCAAGAACGGUAGCGUCUACAAGGUCAUUCUCGAUAAUAGGAAGACUCUAGUUGUCAAAAGGAUAAAAAAUUGGCCAAUUUCAAGUCAUGAGUUUAAGCAAAGGAUGCAGAGGUUAGAUCAAGUCAAGCAUCCAAAUGUGUUGCCUCCCCUUGCUUUCUAUAGUUCCAAACAAGAGAAGCUGUUGGUCUAUGAAUAUCAGCAAAAUGGAAGUCUAUUCGAACUUCUCCAUGGAACCCACAUGCCCAAAACUUUUGACUGGCCUAGUAGACUUGGGGUUGCGGCUAGCAUUGUGGAAGCCAUGGCCUUCAUGCAUCAGGAACUCCAAGAUGAUGGGAUUGCUCAUGGUAACUUGAAAUCUUCAAACAUAUUUCUGAACAGGAACAUGGAGCCAUGUAUAAGUAAAUAUGGUCUAAUCCCGGUCAUUACUCGAUCUAGUUCACCGAAAGCCUUCAAAGACGAUGUUUUCGGGUUUGGAAUGAUCUUGCUUGAGCUGCUCACAGGGAAUCUAGUGCAGCACAAUGGUGUGGAUUUACAAGAUUGGGUUCACUCGGUUCUGAGAGAAGAAUGGACGGCUGAAGUUUUUGACAAGUCCUUGAUGUCGGAAUGCGCUAGCGAAGAGAGGCUGGUGAGCUUGCUACAAGUAGCCAUAAAAUGUGUCAACCCUUCUCCAGAAGCUAGGCCUACCAUGAACCAAGUUGUUGUCAUGAUCAACAAAAUAAAAGAAGAGGAAGAGAGAUCAGCCAUAGGCCCAUAUAGCUUAUGA